AUGGAGAAGGUCGUGCUACGUGGUGAACCGAACCAGCGGUCCAGGUGGCAAAAUACAACCGCCGUGGCCCGUGUGGCGAACGUCAGAGAAUUUUACACAGAAGGUCAGAACACAGAAGACAGAACACACGGGGCGUCCACGUGCACGAAACAUACAGGACGCAGUGCCGUCUCUUUGUACUGGGAUCUGGAUCUUUGGAGUUGGCACUUUUGGAAUAAGACUUAA